CACAACAAAUAGAUGUAAUUUUCCCGUUCACGUUAGUCAUGCCUCGCAAAAAGGAGCUCUCAGAAGAUUUACGAGCGGAAAUUGUUGAUUUGCACAAAGCUGGAAAAGGUUAUAAAGUAAUCGCACGCACUUUGGACAUUCACCACUCCACAGUUAGGAAUAUUGUGCAUAAAUGGAGACGAUUCAAUACAGUGGCCACUCUGCCGAGAAGUGGGCGCCCUACAAAGACGACUGCAAAGAGAAAGCUCAGUGAGGAGGCUGGUCAUGGUUCUACUGAGCCAAAAGAUGUUAAAAGGGGAAAUUCAAACCAUAAAAAGGCCUGUCAUGUGUCUGCUGAGACUGCAGACAAGAGAAGAGGAGAUUCAGACCAUGAAACGCUUCUUGGGAGAGAUAACGGCGUCUGCAGUGAUGGUAAUACUGAUACUUAUUCUUCUGAUUCUGAUGAAGAUGAAGAUCCUAGGGCCAGUCAUCUGUCAGCUGGGAUAGCAGAGACCAGAGGAGGAGAUCCAGACCAUGAAAUGCACCGAGGAGAGACUAGCUCUGCUUCAUCUGCAGAUGAAACUACAGAAGAUGACUGGACAGAGCAGGUCUUCAAUGGAGAGAAGAAGAUAUAUGCCGGUUCUUCAGUCACAAUGGGAGCCCUCCUUCUGCUUCUCCUGGCAUUCAUCAUGAGACACGGCCUGUCAAAAGCAGCAACCAAAGAUCUCCUGCAGCUCCUAAACUUCAUUGUACCUGGAUGUGUUCCAAAGUCGCUGCGUUUUUUAAAGAAGCAUUCGACUGAUUACAAUGGCAAGACAGAGAUUCACUUUUAUUGCCCCAGGUGUACAAACUACCUUGGUGUGGAUCCUGGUCAUGAGUGUGGGGUGUGCCAGCAGAGCUUGAACAGAAAAGGGCUCAUUUUGAAAGCUUACUACUUCCUAGUUAUGCCACUUGAAAUUCAGCUAAGAAACCUCCUUGCACGAGUCCACUCAAAGCUUGGGAAGCAUUUCACCAGGGACGCUUCCUUUUCUGAUGUCACCACUGGAAAUGACUACAAGAGUGAAAGACAAGAUGGCAGUAUUACACUCACCUUCAAUUGCGAUGGCUCCCCUGUGUUCCGCUCAUCAAAGUACUCAAUCUGGCCCAUCCUGUGUACCAUCAAUGAGCUGCCAUAUGUGGAGCGGUGUAAAAACGUUCUGUUGCACACCUUAUGGUUUGGCAGAGGAAAACCACGGGUUCAGAGUUUUUUGACCCCGUUCAUCAACGAGCUUCAGAAACUAUCUACCGCAGGGUUUUGUUGGAAAGACGAGAACGGCUCCGAGCAUCGCAACACAGUAACAGCUAAAAUAUGCACGUGUGAUGCAGUAGCAAGGGCGAUGGUGCAGAACUUUGAACCGUUUAACAAAGAAUUUGGUUGUGGUUUUUGCUACCACAAAGGGGAGAUGGUUGUAAAGGGCAGGGGUUUUACCAGAGUUUACCCGAUUCAGAUGGAUGGCUGUGACCUGAGACACAUGCCUGAAACGGUGCAACUUGCUGAGUUAGUGAUGGGAAAUAGUUAUGACCAGAGUCAAAUGGGGGUUAAAGGUCCAAGUCUCCUGCUUCUUUUGCCAUCAUUUGAUAUUAUCAAAGGCUUUAUUCCAGAUUACAUGCAUUGUUUUUGUCUCGGUGUAGUCCGUCAGUUUGUCAAUCUGUGGUUUGACCCUCGUUAUGCCAGCAAGGAUUUCCAUUUGACAGUUGAGCAUUUAAAUGAUCUGGACAAAGCUUUGUGUGAGAUCCAGCCGCCAAAUGAAGUCAGCCAAAGCCCCAGGCGCCUCAGUGAGAGGAUGCAUUGGAAAGCUUCUGAGUGGAGAGCAUUUGCUCUUCUCUAUUCUCCUGUAAUACUGAGGAAUGUUUUACCAGCGCUGUACUACAAGCACUGGAUGCUUCUUCCUUGUGCCCUUCACGUCCUCCUCUCCCAGUUUGCCUCUCAAGAUGAGCUCAACUGUGCAGAGUUAUGUCUGGUUCAGUUUGUAGCUCAGAUACCGUCUCUCUAUGGACUCGAGCAUUGUUCAUACGACUGCCAUUUGUUGACACAUCUUACCGAGAGUGUCCGGAACUGGGGGCUUUUAUGGGCCAAUUCAGCAUUUGUGUUUGAAGACAUGAACAGCAGACUCGUGCAGAUGUACUCAGGCACGCAGUCAGUUUCAUUGCAGAUUUUCAGGAAUUUCUUUUCAUAUGAGAAGAUAAUAAGACAAGGAGGUGCUGCCCUUCAGGAUGCCAGCACAGAAAUCAAAGACUUCUUCUGUUCCAUGACAAGUUGUGAUGUUACUACAAAGUCAUUAAAUCACAUUGGAGAAGAUUUAGUGACUCUGGGAAGUGGCUCUCAAAGAUUUUUAACUCCAAGAGAAAUUGCAGCAUUGCAGAAGAAUGACACACUCUCAUGGUGCCAGCCACAUCGUGAUGGUGUAACCGAAUAUAAGCGCUGUGUUUAUAAGAACAUACUGGUCACCACUUUGGACUACAGUGGGACAAUCAAAAGGAACAAUUCAGUAUUAGAGACCAGCAGUUGCAUUGCUGUGGUGGAGUCCUUGGUUGUUGUACCAAAACCCUGCAGCUGUGAGGGAAGGCCCGGCUGCUCCUGCAGAGAAGUUAUCUUUUUCUGCAAGCAGCUGCAGCGUCUAACCAGACAGCCAACUAUCCACGACACGCAGAUCAACACAAACGUCGCAAAAUUCCUUGUAAAAGUGAGGAGCUCAAAUGAACUGUGUGCAGUAACCUGCAAAGACAUUGUUUCCAAAUGUUUUAUGAUUGAACAUGUGGGUCAGUUAUAUGUCAUGAAAAUGCCUGUGCUUGAGACACAUUAAAAGUCUCUGUCAUUUAUACAUUUGAUUUAUGUUAGACCUCUGUGGGCUCAGGCUGGAAAAUAU